AUGGUUCUUCGAAUGUUAUAGAAUUGUAAUAAAUCAAUUAUUUGCUAUCAAAUAUGUGUAUUAGUUCCUGCAUGUGUUAAACCUCAGUUCUCGAGGAUGUGUUCUAUAGUAGAGGUUUUGCUCUGGUUUGGAAUAGUUCUUGUGAUGGUUCAAAACCUGGAGCAAGAAACUCUACUCAAACUAUCAAAUGAUUUUCGGGUGAAUGAGGGUAAAGGAUCAAGAAAUAGUUUGGCUGAGCUAAUGGUCAGGUUCGGUCAAAAGUCUCGAGUCAACCCAGACCUUGAGAAGGAUUCAUGGACUCCAUCUUGUAAUGUUACGGACUUGAACCCUGAUGCUCAGGAUGCUUUGCGUCGUGUAAAAUCUGUUGAGUGUACUAGAGAGAUUACAGAGAUAUCCUGUAAUUUGCCCAAAAUUAAACUUUUUCCAGACAACAUACAAAGAACGAACGCUGAUUGCUGUAUCUUACAGAAGAUAUGUAGAGGAUCGGACGAGUAUCUUGCAGCAUUCAAGUUCCGUUCUAGCGACGCAAAGAUGAGUUCAAGGUAGCAAUUUAUUCAUAUUUGAAUACGGUUUCUUGAUAUCAUAAGCCUCGAGUUUUGGG